CGUCGCGUAUAAACGACGCUCCGCAGGCAAGUCAGUCGUUCGCUGACGUCCGAGGGGGCAGGUUGGUGGUCGAUCGUCAUCGCGAUGUCGGAAGUAUUCAAACUAGGUGAUCUCGUAUGGGCGAAGAUGAAGGGAUUCUCGCCGUGGCCCGGCCGGGUGUCAGUUCCUUCAAAGGACUUAAAAAAACCUGCAAACGCUAAAAAGGGACCAGUACAGUGUAUUUUCUUCUUUGGGACAAACAAUUACGCAUGGAUAGAGGAAUCUCACAUUAAACCCUAUCAGGAAUAUAAAGAUACUUUAGUGAAAUCUAGCAAAUCUGGCGCUUUCAAGGAUGCAGUGGAAGCUAUAGAAGAAUUUAUCGCCAAAGGAGAGGUGUUUGAGGAUGGUUUAGAUCCGGAUUCCUUGUUCGACAGACUCAAAGAGGAAACUUCUGUCGCCGAGAAGAAACCUGUUGUCAAAACGCCAAAGCCGCGCAAGGAAGCUGCUGCAAAGACUCCUAAACGGUUAAGCGACGGUGGCACAGGCGACCGUCGACCGGCUAAAAAGCAGCGUAGGGAAUCAAGUACCAGCAAUAGCAACAGAGUCGGCAGUAUCAGUCCUACUAUGAAUCAUUCUACUCCGGCUAGAAAAACAGGCUCGCUUCUAAACAGACCGGCAAAUAUCGCCAGACCUGUCACGCCGCCCUUAGACGUCGAAACGAUGUCGCAAACUCUCAAAGAGAAGAAUAUCCUUCCAUCAAAUCUGAAAUUUGGUUUUCUUGGGCUUGGCAUCAUGGGCAGUGGUAUUGUGAAAAAUUUGAUCAACAGUGGUCAUACCGUGAUCGUGUGGAAUCGGACGCAGGAAAAGAUUUCUAAUGGAUGCCUUUAUUGGAAUGUGGAUAUUCUUUCUUUUUUUUUUCUUAUUUUUUUUUUUUUAUAUAUUUGACAUACCAUCAAGGAAAAUUCGUAGCGGAUCGAUAGGUUUGGCAAGUAUUCAAGAAGACUGUAUUGUAGGUAUUAUGAUGUGACUCUUAUUAGCUCCUUGCAAAAUUCUCGAGAUAUUAAAAAUCAUUUUCACUUUCUUGAAACUAAUCAGACAAUUUGGUAAUCUUCGAAAUAAUGAAUGACUGCCAUAUCGCAGUAAUAUGGAAAAGAAAGACACUUGUAAACAAAAAAUAAUUGUAUAAAAUGAUUUAUAGCUUUACCAAAACUUUUUCGACAGAUUGACAGAAUUAUAUGAGACAGCAUCUCUAAAUAAACUGCACGAUAAUGCCCAUUUUGAUAUAUUACAGAUGAUAUCUUAUAAGACUCUUGUUUCGUUUCUUUUGAUGUCAUUUGUGAUGUAUCAACUGAUACACGUGUAUCUUUGAAAAUAAAGUACAAAUGAAACAUGCAGAGCCAUGAAAUAUGAAUCUGUCUAAAUUCUUAAUAAAGUUGUGAUUUGAGUUUAUAAUCACAAAGCAUUAUAGCAUAA